AUGAGCAGACAGGUAUUGGGAUUGGGAAAUGACGUUGUGAACAUUCAAAGGUUUCGCAACAUUUUGGUGCACCAUGGGAUCAAUAGUAGUUAUGUUAAGCGGUUGACACAACGGAUCCUAAAUGAACGCCAUGAAUAUCCAAGAUUCGCUUCACUAUUGCCGAAAGGCAUCUCAGGGGAAAUAUCUGGGGAUAAGAUAGACCUGUCCACGUUGCAUAGAUGCUGCCAAAUACUAGCAGGGUCAUGGGCGUCGAAAGAGGCGUUAUUUAAAAGCUUGGAUCCACACCACCAGAAGCACUUUGUCUUCAAGAACUGGUACAAAUGGAACGACGAGAAUGGGAAACCUAAUAUCCAGAUAGAUCGUUCUGUAGCACCACUGGAUAAUAUGACAGAGGAUCAAUUCAUGCUCAGUAUCAGCCAUGAUGGGGAUAUGUUGAUAGCGACAGUAUUACGCAUUGGUAAUGUGGAGUUACCUGAUCGGUGA